AUGUCAGAUGCCACAGCCAUGCGCACCAAGCGCGAAUUCGAACCCGAGCUAGAGGAGGAGCGCAAGCCUAUGGUCAUCGUAACCAUCGACCCGCCGACCGACUGCUCACGCUCGUCCUCCAUCAGCUCCUCGGCCGAGUCUUCCCUCUCACCCACCGCGUCCUCAAUGACCACGACAACGACCACGACUGCCACCUCGCUCUCCACGUCGCUCUCUCUCCCCGCCUCUACCUCCCCACACCCCCCGCACAAGUCCAUCCUCCGCACCGCCGCCUCCUUCACCCUCCCCUCCGGCUCGCGGCCAUCCGCCUCCGCCUCCGCACCGGGCCUAUCGACAAACGUGACCUUCGCGCCACUCCCCGCUACCGAACCGCGCCGCCGCAAGUCCUCCGUGCAGCUCGGCGUCGCCGCGCGCUCGCGCAUGCUGCACCGCCGCCGCAUGCUCCGCGAACAGGGCAUCGAAUCCUACGAGGACGAGGAGUGGGACGACGAGCACACUCUCCAGGAUGGAAAUCCGGAGGUGGUGGAGGACGACCUUGGCGUGGACCCUGCGGAGGAGGCUAUUGCUGCCAUCGGGCGAUUUGUUAAGGGAGCGACGCGCUCGCUCUUCCGGAGGAUAUCUAGCCGCCGUAAGCAGGGCAGGGACCCUUCGCCUAUGCCGCCGCCUUUGCCUACUGCUGAGACCCAGGCUGGCAUGGAGGGCUCCCAAUUACCAGACGAGCGAACGCCGGACCAUGACGGUGAGGAGGAAGAGGCGAGGAAGAUACCUCCAGCGGGCAUAAAGAGCGACGACGAUGAGACAGGGAUGGGAGAGGCCGGCGAGGAUACGUCGAAACGAAUACAAGAGAGGACGCUCUCGGAGAUGCAGGAUCAGCCAGAAGGAGAAUCAGCAGCAGACGAGAAGGAGAAAAGGGACGAAGAAGAAGUGACCCGAAUGAUACGGGAACAAACUGAGGAAACCACAUCCGUCGCAGACAAAAGCGCGGCAGCGAGUGUUGAAGCACCCCCAGGUGAGCAACAGCAGUCUCGCACGGCAGCGAUAUUGGAUGACAAGCCGCACAAAGGCUCGCAGGUCAUCGUGGAGAAGCACAGCGAGCGCAUCAGCAUGAUGGAGGUGGUCCAGCUGGAGCCAUGCGAGCUCGACGCGGAGAAGGCACCGGCACCAGCGGUGGUCAUGACGGUCGGUUAG